AUGAAUUCUGAACUUUGUAUUGGUUUACCAAUUAAGACAGUUCCAUUAAAAUUUUAUAUACCAAUAGUAUUUAAACAUUUAUUAACUUUAAUUAAAUCACCAAAUUCAAAGGUUUUACAAAGGAAAAGAGCACAAUACAUUUUAUUAUCAAUAAUUUUAUCAUCUUUAACAAUUUUAUCAGGCGCAAGUUAUGGUAGUUAUAAAUUAAUUCAAAAAUUAAUUAAUUUUUAUCAAUUAAAUUGGAAUAUUAGAAAAUAUGGUAAAAAAACUUUAAGAAGAACAAGAUCGCAAAUGCAAUUAGCAUCAGGUGCAAGAGUAAUGUAUAUUCCUGAUACAAAAUUAACAAAUAAAUUAAAUAAUGAAGAAAAUUUAAUGAAACAAUUACAAAAUUUAAAUGAAAAUAAUAAAAAGAAGAUUUUCAUUAAACCAAGAAAUGAUGAUCUUUAUGAACAUGAUAGUUUUAUUUUUAAAGUUGUUGGCAUGAGUGAUAGUAAUAAUUCACAUAUUUUUUAUUCAAAAUUUUUAAAUCAAAUGAAUUGUCUCUCAAGAAUUUUAAUACCAACAAUUUUCGAUAAAAAUUCUGUUUUAUUAACUUUACAAGUCUGUUUCUUAAUUUUAAGAACUUGGUUAUCUUUAUUUGUUGCAAGAUUAGAUGGACAAAUUGUUAGAGAUAUAAUUUCAAGACAACCAAAAAAAUUUUUAAUUGAUUUAUCAAUUUGGUUUUUAAUUGCUUUACCUGCAUCUUAUACAAAUAGUGCAAUUAAAUUAUUGCAAAGAAAAUUAAGUUUGAAUUUUAGAGUUAAUUUAACAAGAUAUAUUCAUGAUAUUUAUUUGGAUAAAAGACAAACUUUUUAUAAAUUAAUAUUUGAUUCAAAAUCUUCAAGUUCAAUUAUUAAAAAUAUUGAUAAUUCAAUAACAAAUGAUGUAACAAGGUUUUGUGAUGCAACUUGUUCAGUUUUUGCAAAUAUCGCAAAACCUGUUAUUGAUUUAGUCUUUUUUUCUUUUUAUUUAAGAGAUAAUUUGGGUUCUUUAGGUGUUGCAGGAAUUUUUGUUAAUUAUUUUAUUUCUGGUUAUAUUUUAAGAGGUUAUACACCACCCUUAGGAAAAUUAAGUAGUGAAAGUUCAGCAGCUGAUGGUAAUUAUUAUAAUUAUCAUUUAAGUUUAAUUAAUAAUAAUGAAGAAAUUGCAUUUUAUCAUGGUACAGAUGUUGAAAAGACGAAAGUUAAAAUUUUAUAUGAAACUUUAAUGGAUAAAAUGUUAAAUAUUAGUAAAAAAAAAUUUAAUUAUACUAUGCUUGAAGAUUAUAUUUUAAAAUAUACUUGGUCUGGUUUAGGUUAUGUUUUUGCAUCAAUUCCAAUUGUAAUGUCAAAUAAUAAUAAAAAUGGAAAAACUUCAGAACAAUCAAAUAUGAAGGAUUUUAUUGUUAAUAAAAGAUUGAUGCUUUCUUUAGCUGAUGCAGGUUCAAGAUUAAUGCAUUCAAUUAAAGAUAUUUCACAAUUGACAGGUUACACAAAUAGAAUAUUUACAUUAAUUUGUGCUUUACAUAGAGUUCAUUCGAUUAAUUUUAAUUAUGGUGCAAGUAAAAAAUAUUUGAAGGAUAAAUAUCAAUUGGAUAUUAAUUCGGAGAAAUCCAAAAAUAAUAGGUCUGGUCAAAUUAUUGGAGAAGAUAUAAUUCAAGGCACAGUUCAACAUAAUUUUAAUGGAUUACGUUUUGAAAAUAUUGAUGUCAUUGUUCCAUCUAAUAAAGGCAAACAAGGUCAUAAAUUAUUGAAAAAAUUAACUUUCCAAAUCCCUAGAUUAAUUGAACCAACAUCAUCAAAGACUAAUUCUAUUCAAGAUAUGACAAAUAUGGCUAAUAUUACUACACCAUUCAUUAAUGGCCCAGGAUCUAGUAUUUUAAUUUUAGGUUCAAAUAGUUGUGGAAAAAGUUCAAUUCAAAGAAUUAUUGCAGAAAUUUGGCCAAUUUAUAAUAAAAAUGGAUUGUUAUCAAAACCACAAGAUAAAGAUUUAUUCUGUGUACCUCAGAGACCAUAUUUUACGAAGACUGGUACUUUGAGAGAUCAACUUAUUUAUCCAAUGUCAACUGAUGAUUUCUUUGAUCGCGGUUAUAAAGAUAAUUUAUUGGUUCAUAUAUUAAAAGAGGUAAAACUUGAGUAUUUAUUAAAGAGAUCAAAAGGUUGGUCUUAUUUCGAUGAAAGAGCAGACUGGAAGGAUGUACUAAGUGGUGGUGAAAAGCAAAGAGUAAAUUUUGCACGUAUCUUGUUUCAUAGACCAAGAUUUGUUGUAUUAGAUGAGGCUACAAAUGCAAUUAGUGUUGAUAUGGAAGAUUAUCUUUUCCAUUUGUUAAGAACAUAUAAUUUUAAUUUCUUAACAAUAUCUCAACGUCCUUCUCUAAUCAAAUAUCAUGAUAUGUUACUAGAAAUAACUGGAGAAGAUGGUACUUGGCAAUUACAAGAUUUGGGUACUGAUGAAGCUAUAGUCACCAUCGACAUAGAAAUGGAAGAUCUUGAAGAAAAACUUCAAAAAGUUGAAGAAUGGGAAAAUGAAAGAAAAAUCUUGAAGAAUGAAUUGGAGUCUAUAUAG